UCCAGAGUGAACCUUAACCUCAAAUUUGAAAUGUUUAAUUAUGUUAAAAAACCGUUACAAUACAAAUAUUAGCAAAUUAAUUGUUAUACAACAAACGAUUGCCAAUGGACAUAUUAUUAGAAACAUUUUUUAUCAAGAAAGCUAUGGAAAGGAGCGAUUUCAAGAUAACUUAAGCGAGCCGAUGGAGGUUGACCCAGCUCAAGAUGCAGUUCCUACAUUGAAACGAAGACUGAACUAUCCUGGUGAGAAGAUACAAACGGUGGAAAGCUACGUCGAAAGGACCCGUCCGCCUACUCUCACGGCGUGCGCGAAACUCCUGCUGGUACUUCUUGGCGUUUGCGUACUAUCGGUUCUGUACCUGUUCGUCUACGGCGACAAGUACGUGGUGGUCAACCGUCUGGCGCAAUUUAAUUAUCUCGAGUCGGACUUAGAGGCGAACUUGCUCGACCAAAAGGCGGCGGUGAGGACGAUAAUGGAUAACGUAAACAGAGUCAAUUCCCGACAUGGCCUUUCGAAACUAUUGGCGUUCAUCGGAACGACCGGUACGGGGAAGACGUUUGCCGCCAACAUACUAAAGCGACACUUCAUUCCGUAUCACGUUAACGAGAUACGCAAGGAAGAUUUGAACAAACUCGACAAGGCGGUCGUUAACAGUUUCGACAGCUGCUGUUGUAAUUUAGUUAUCGUCGACGGUUUGAGAGCGGAAGACUUGUCGAAUCUGAUCAAGUUUAUCCGGUCCUUGCCGACUGACGAUUUUAGUAUAAUUAUUGUAUCGAUAUUUAAUAUUCACGAUACCGACGACGGACUGACUUAUAAAAUAAAUAGGGACGAAUAUCAGCAGAUUCGUAUGACGAUAGAUACUCAAGCGGGUAUCGAGUUUGAAUUAUUAAUAUUUUUUGAGCCUCGGGAGGAGGUGGUGGAGGAGUGGUUGCGUACCAAGUUGAAGAAGAAAGGCGUUGCGUCGAGUAGACACAAGUCUAUAAUUGCAGAUCUGCUACGGGAUGAUCAUUUGAAGAAGAAUGGCUUUAAGGGCUUGGAACGGAAGCUUUCUCUGAUUGAUUAAUUAUUUUGUAGAGACAAUUGAAAUAAACUACUUCUAAUUUUCUUAAA